UAGAAAGAGAUCGACACGAAGGAGUGCACGACAUCCCCAUCGAGAGCCUGUGGGUCCGGCGCAGGAGGACAGGCGUCCGCCCGCAUCCAAAUGCAAGACGUGUUGCCGGAAGUUCCUGGCGUUCCUCGUGUCCAACGUCGGCCUCUGCGUACUGGUCGUCGCCUAUUCAGUGGGCGGCGCCUUCAUGUUCCGGGCACUGGAGGCCCCCUACGAGGUGGAGACCGCCAAACAGGUGAUCGACUUGCGGAACAAAACCAUUCAUCACUUGUGGAACAUAACCUACAAUCACAACGUCUUCAACUACAGUGUGUGGCGGCAAUCGAUCGUCGAUGAGAUCAAGAGCUUUCAAAGUGAUCUCAUGAAAGCGAUCAAAGAUGGCUAUGAAGGGCAACAGGACAUGGGUCAGGAACAGUGGUCUUUCUCCGGUGCCUUCCUCUUCAGCCUCACUGUCAUCUCCACGAUCGGUUACGGCAACAUUAGCCCGCGAACUGAUCGAGGCAAAAUCAUGACAAUACUGUAUGCGAUAUUUGGCAUUCCAUUGAUGUUACUGUACUUAACAAAUAUCGGCGAUAUAUUGGCGAAGGCUUUCCGUUACGUCUACGGGCGCCUGUGUUCGUGCAAAUCGGGUGAUAAUAAGAAAGCCUACAACCGGUCGGUGCGAUACGGCCUCAACCGCAGCGUGUCGUCGGUCACGCCGUCCGGAAACCAGAGGCUGUCGCCGCAAACGCCGACCCAUUCGUUACCGAACUCUCCAAUGUCUUCAUUAAACAGACCAAUGCAUCCCAUUCUCCACCAAAUCGGUUCAGCGCCGCCACCAGGGAUUGGGGAUCAGCAGACGCUGCAAACGCUGACCAGAGAUAACGCAUCUCUGUUUCAGAGGCAGUCAAACAGAGGCGACUUAUCCGAUGGCGCGAUCACUGAAUCGGCGUUUAAUUUCAAUGUUGUCAACGAGAGGACCAAGGAGUCCACGCGAGUACACGUGCCCAUCACCCUGUGCCUGGUCCUACUGACCAGCUAUGUCUGCGGCGGUGGUGUACUGUUCUCGCUGUGGGAGGGCUGGAACUUCUUAGACGGCGCCUACUUUUGUUUUGUUACUCUAAGUACGAUCGGUUUCGGAGAUUUAGUACCCGGGGCUUCAGUCGUGGGGAGUGAUAGCUCGCAAGAAAAGCUCGUUAUUUGCAGUCUUUAUUUGUUGGCAGGUAUGGCUCUACUGGCGAUGUGUUUCAAUCUAAUGCAAGAGGAAGUCAUACAUAAAGUGCGGAGUUGUGGCCAAAGAUUAGGCAUUAUUAGUGAGAACAGAGACGAAGAGGAAUACGGCGAUGAGUUUGACAUGUCUUGAGACUGGAGUCUGAGAGCGAGAACUCAAUAUAAUUUUCAUUUAAUAAGAAAAAGAGCGAGUCUUCGGAGUCUUCAGAUAAAGUUUUCUAAUUUUCUGAAUGAAUGAACACUUGAAUGAAGAAAUGCUAUGAAAAGAGAAAAGGAGUGAAGAGCUGGAGAGUACCGGUGCGGAGAAUAUAUGACGCGAUUGUCGGCAU